CAAACAAGGAAGUGCUCGUUUAGUAAACACAACAAAACACAGAUAGUAGGCGUUUAAAGAGUAUUCCCGUUACCUACCUGCAACAAACUAUGACUCCGUGUGGAAACUUUCUUAUGUGUGUUUCUGGUGUUUUGUUGAGUUUGCAUUUGGGAGUUUUAUCCGGUUUUUCUUCAGUAACUGGGCAGCAACAAACUCUGAGUCUGGACGGCAAAUGGAGCCUUUCCAACUCCAAUGGUUCAGUGUCUCUGCCUGCAGAGGUGCCUGGAUGUGUUCAUUCAGCUCUGCAGCAACAGGGAUACAUACAGGAUCCAUAUUUCAGGUUCAAUGAUGUUUCUUAUCGGUGGGUUGCCUUUGACAACUGGACUUACACCACCACAUUUACUGUGCCUGCCCAGCUCUGGGCCAAACGGAAGGUGCUGCUUGUCUUUGACGGUGUUGACACUGUAGCGUCGAUUUGGCUCAAUGGAAUCCUUAUUGGAAAGACAGACAACAUGUUUCAGAGAUAUGACUUCCCAGUUAGAGACUUGCUGAAGGACGGGGAUAAUGUGCUGAAAGUUAGCUUGUUGUCUCCAGUUCUUUAUGCAUUGGAGCGAAGGAAAGCUCACUCGGCCUACAGAGUUCCUCCCGAAUGUCCUCCAGAUGUCCAGAAGGGGGAAUGUCAUGUCAAUUUCAUCAGAAAAGAACAAAGCUCUUUCAGUUGGGAUUGGGGGCCUUCGUUCCCAACGAUGGGACUGUGGAAGGGAGUUCACCUAGAGGCGUUUGAUGCCCUGCAGCUCAUCCAGGUCUCCACAGUUCCUCUAUACAAUUUCAGCCUCUCUCAGUGGAGAGUCCAGGUGGAACUUCUUGUUGAUGCAGUUCAGACAACAAAUGGCCAAAUUACAUUCUCCAUACCCGAGCUGGACUCAAAGCUGACCUACCAGACACAGUUUCUCCCAGGAAAGACCAAACACAACUUCACCUUACACGUCAACACGAGUAACCAUGUGAAGCUGUGGUGGCCCAACGGACACGGUGACCAACCCUUUUACCAUCUCACUGUCAGAGGCUUUCAAAAUGGAUUUUUAAUCCUGAAUACAGAAUCUAAGGUGUAUUUUCGCACAGUAGAACUUGUCCAGGAGCCAGUUGUCGGGUCUCCAGGCUUAAGCUUUUAUUUCCGCAUCAAUGGGAAACCAAUUUUCCUCAAAGGCUCCAACUGGAUCCCAGCCCACUCCUUCCAGGACCAAGUCUCCCCUGCUGUCUUAAGGAACUUGUUGCAGUCAGCUGUGGAUGUGAGCAUGAACGCCCUCAGGGUCUGGGGAGGAGGAGUGUAUGAACAGGAUCUUUUCUACAGCAUGUGUGAUGAGAUGGGAAUCAUGGUUUGGCAGGACUUCAUGUUUGCCUGUGCCAUGUAUCCCGCUGAGAACGACUUCAUACAGACUGUAAGAGAAGAGGUCAUCCAACAGGUUCAACGCCUCAAGUCUCAUCCUUCCAUAAUUAUUUGGAGUGGGAACAAUGAAAACGAAGCUGCUCUGGCGACAGACUGGUUCGGCAUCCCAGAUUCCCAGAGGCCCACAUACCUGAAAGACUAUGUGACGCUGUAUGUGAACAACAUAAGGGCGAUAGUUCAAGAGGAGGACCAGAGUCGCCCGUUCCUUGUCUCCAGUCCGACAAACGGGGCUGAAUCUGAACAGGAAGGAUGGGUGGCAACAAACCCCUACGACCCUCACUACGGGGACACACAUUUCUACAGCUACAUCCUGGACUGUUGGGACUGGCGGACUUUCCCUCGAACGCGUUUUGCCUCUGAAUACGGCUUCCAGUCCUGGCCUUCCUUCUCCACUCUCCAGCCGGUUUCCAUAAAAGAAGACUGGAGCUACAACAGUAAUUUCACUUCCCAUCGCCAACACCAUGAGAGUGGCAACCAGCAGAUGUUACUGCAGGCUGCUUUACACUUCAACCUGCCCAACUCUACAGACCCCUUGAAAAGAUUUACAGAUACUCUCUACAUCACUCAGGUCAUGCAGGCUCAGUGUGUGAAGACUCAGACAGAGUUUUAUCGGCGAAGUCAGAGUGAGAUCAUUGAGGGCAAAGGUCUCACUAUGGGCGCUCUCUACUGGCAGCUCAAUGAUAUUUGGCAGGCGCCUUCCUGGUCGUCGAUCGAGUUUGGUGGGAAGUGGAAAAUGCUGCAUUAUUUUGCACAGAACUUCUUUGCCGCCAUCCUGCCUAUCGGCUUUGAAGAUGACGACACACUGUUCAUCUACGCUGUCUCAGACCUGAGUCACGACAUGACACUCAGGGCUGUGGUGACCGUGUAUUCCUGGACUGAUGUGGAUCCAGUGUGCACACUGAAAUCGGACCUGCUCCUGGUCUCUGGAGGCAGCGCUGCGGUCAUUUUUAAACAGCCAGUCACCGACCUGCUAGCAGGAUGUGGACGCUGCACCCGCUUCACCUGCCUGCUCACCUUUCACCUGGAGGACAGCAGCGGCCAGCAGGGUCCCACUAACCACCACUUCCUCUGCUCACCCAAAGACGCUCAGGGACUCCAGAGACCCAACAUCACAGCGAAGGUGCAGGAGGAUGAGACAGGAUACUCUGUUAACCUUCACUCUGCCUCUGUGGCUCCUUUUGUCUGGCUCGAUGUGGGAAAUGUCCCCGGACGCUUCAGCUCCAACGGCUUCGUGAUGGUUUCUAGAAACAGGACGGUCAGUUUCAACGCGUGGCGGCCCACCAGCGUCGCAGAACUCUCCACAUCCCUCACCAUCAGGUCUUUAAGGGACGUAUACUGACCUGAGACCAGCCAGCCUCCAUGUUGAGGUGUAACGUGCAGAGGCCACAGACGGGCAAAGUUCAUGGCUGCUAGUAUCUUCUUAAAGGUGUCUAAAAGUGUUUAAAGAGAAACUAUGGCUGUGCUUGGGUCCUUGUGGCGUUUUGAAGGCUAGAUGUUUUGUUUUUGCACUGUACUGGUGAAGCUGAUUUUCAAACAAAGGAGAAAGUUUCUGUUUCCCCAGACAUGUUUUGCUUUUCCUCAACAGAGCAGAAAAGACCAUUGUGGGACAAUGAAAAUUUCAGACAUUCCCAUUUUUUUUGCUUUUACAGAACUUACUUUGUGUGCAAAACAUUGACUGGCCAAUUCCUGAUGUGUUUUUUAUUUAGAUUAUUUGUUUGGCAGUGUGCCUUAGCUAGUGACAGAACCCUAUGGGAAAGGGCAGGUACAACAUGCAACAAAUGUUGAAAUUGAACCAAGGACAGUUAUAAUAAAUCUAUCGACCAGGAACACCACCAAAAGAAUUGCAAAAGAUUGGAAGUUUGCUGUUGCAGAGACGACAUGUAAUCCGACCUGAUUUGACAUGACGAUUGUAUAUUGUGCACUGAAACUUUUCCUUUUACAUGUAUUUCUUUUUUACACAUCAUGAAUAAGACUUGAACUUUUGACAUCUUGGAAGUAUUGUAUUACAUACAUUGCUUUGCAAAUUAUUAUUAUUUUUCAUUUGCUCUUAAUUUAGAUUCAAGUGUUCAUUUGUUUUUUAUGUUUAAGUGCUUUACUGUUAAUCAGUGUUCGUUCUGCCAAUCAGAGCUCAGUUGUGGGGUUGAAUUCUUUUUCUUCACGUGCUGUUUGGUACGAUCAGCAGUCCAAAACCCAAAUAUAUUCAGUUUACGUUUAUAUAAAACAGAGAAAAGCAGAAAAUCAUUAAAUGAUCAAAGCUGGAA